UUGUUACAGACAUUCAGCACACCGAAUCAUCAUCCACGUAGUCAGCCGUUCUUCGAUCAUGUGUUCUCCUUCUCCGUAACUCCAGAUCUCAAGAUAUGGUUCAGAAAUUUCCAAAUAGUUGAUGAGUCAUUGCAGUUGCAAGAAAUUGGACCCAGAUUUGUUUUGGAAACGAUAAGGAUAUUUUCUGGAUCGUUUGAUGGCGCUGUCCUUUAUGAUAAUCCUGAUUAUGAAAGCCCGAAUGCUAAGAGAAGGGCGAUUAAAUUGGCAAGCAAAGGAAAAUAUAUAGAGAAGGAGCUACAUAAGAAGGCGAAUUUAGUAAAAGCCCAACAGAUCAAGGAAGUUAUAGCUGAGAAGAUGGAGGAUCCAGUUGGAGAGAUCUUUGAUGUCAAAGAAGAGCCAGAAACAGAAGAAGCCCAGAAAAUCCUAGCAAAGAUAGAUAAGAAGAAAAAGAAGAAGAAAACUUUCAAGAAACCCAAGUACACAGGACCGGAAGCUGCCUAA